UGCUAUUCGGUUGGAUUUACGUUUUUAGGGCGGGUUUAGUUUUCGGAUACGGAAGAGGAAGGAGCUAUGUUUUGAAAGCAUUGUCAGAAGUUUAGAAAGUUACGAAAAAGGGACUUGUUGAAAUAAUUUUACAUGACAUUAUUUACAUAGGGAAGUGAUACUAUUAAAAUACAUCCUAAUUCUAUUUUAACAACGUGCGUGUCACUAAUUGAAGGAAGGCAGUUUGGGAGAGGAAACUAACAUCGCUACCUUGAUAUCUAGCGUGUGCUUGCUUUGACAACUAGUUAAACGUUUUUGAAUUGUAUUACUUGACUUUUACCAAGAUGGACAUACAACACCGGCAGCGUCCGGUCAAACCGGACCAGAGUUUUUGGGACAACCGAAGACUGUGGACCGCAAGGAUUUUCUCCAUGCUCUGCUGUGCAAUGGUGAUGUCGGUCGUUGCAGUAUUCUGCGCCUUUGUUUACCUCAUCUUGAAAGAGAUGCAGAAUGAGAGAGUGAUUGGAGAGGAUGGCUCAGAGGUUAGACUCCUAGGGUUCUGGAGUGUUCUGGUCAUGUCGGUGCUAGCAGGGUUCUGCUGCUGUAGCUUCACAUGGACCAUCACCUACUUUGACUCUUUUGAGCCCGGCACGUUCCCCCCAACGCCCCUGUCCCCUGGCCACCUCAGGCAGGUGACAGGUCACUCCUUCCACAUGAGCUACAGUGUGGCGGUCCUAAAUGGCAUUGUAGCGGCGAUCACCAUCAUCUGGAGCCUUACCUGACCUUACCCACAACCCCCUGUUCUACCUGACCUUACCCACAACCCCCUGUUCUACCUGACCUUACCCACAACCCCCUGCUCUACCUGAACUUACCCACAUCCCCCUGUUCUAUCUGACCUUACCCACAACCCCCUGCUCUACCUGAACUUACCCUCAUCCCCCUGUUCUACCUGACCUUACCCACAUCCCCCUGUUCUACCUGACCUUACCCACAACCCCCUGUUCUACCUGACCUUACUCACAACCCCCUGUUUAACCUGAUCUUACCCACAACCCCCUUUUCUACCUGACCUUACUCACAACCCCCUGUUCUACCUGACCUUACCCACAACCCCCUGCUCUGACCCACAACCCUCUCACCUUACCCAGAACCCCUUGUUCUACCUGACUUUACCCACAAUCUUUUCCAUGUGUAUGUGUACAUAUCAAGAGAAGCAGUAGAACAUGAUGUGAUACUAUGAGACAAUGUGUCCAGUACUAAAGUCAGCAUCUCACUCACUAGCUCCUUGUCAUUUGGUUCUCCAUGCUGUCCUCUUCUUGGCCAAGUCCCAGGCUGAUGAAGUUUCGAGUCCCAGGUUUCUACAAAGUCAGGAUACCUUUUUUAAUGUACUGUAUAUUGUGAUAUAUCUAGCCUAAAGAGGUUUUUGUGCCAAAUUAGUGCUAUAAAGAGAACAUUUAAAAUAUGAAAUGAGACUCACACAUUCUAAAUCUAUAGUUUAUUGUAAGUCUAAUAUAUAACCUGUAGAGGUAUGUUCCAUGCAGUGUAUCUGUGCAUUUGACUGUUAUUCUCACUGAACCACUGAAUGAUGCUUUCACUGUCUCUCCUUCCCACACUGAUGUCUGUACUACUGAACAGUAAAGAAGCUCUCACCUGC